CGUCGUGGUGUCGUCGUCAGUUCCCUCCAAUCGUCGGUCCGCCGAGUCGUCCUGCACGGGGUGCUCGCUGCCGCUUCGGGCCUGCAGCGCACGCCGUUUCGUCUCCGCACGAUAUCGUAUAUUGUUAUGACCGUCACUCAUUGGUAUAUAUGUAUAUAAUAUUAUAAUAUCGUCAUCAUCAUCAUCAUCAUCAUCGUAAUGUUUCGCACAAUUUUUUAACAUUUUCCCGCGGAACGUGGCAAUGACGACGACCAGCUCGGUGGAUGACGGUGUCGAGAGAUCGCGCGAGUUGAACGUCAAUGAUGGAUGGCACGGCAGUCUCUGUUAAAAUUCACGCAUCGACGAGUACACGACGCCGAAAUAAAACGAUAUAUCGCCAUCAUCACAUACGCGGAUACGUUUAGUUCUAUAUUAUUCAUUAUUAUGACGACGCAUGCGGCGAUUGGUUUCUGCUGCACCGUAAUACUGAUCGCGUCCUUCGCACUUGACACCGGCGGCGUCCGGAGUCUGCGUUUGGCGUCCGUCGAUAGAGAGGGACUGCCACAGAUGCCUUCAUCGUUUUCGUUGGCGGUGCGGGAUCGCCAAAUUCGUUCAGGUGACAAUCCGGUGGAACAGAGUUAUGAUUCCGUGAGUGGCGACGACGGUGAUGACAACAGCGACGAUGACGACUUAGCUUAUACCGAAGACAACAACAGUAAAGAGGAACGCGAAGAUCAGCUGGACCAGGACGAUCCAGUAAGCACAGUAACAGUGACUGCCGUUCGUGGUUCAGUGGCUUUGCUACCGUGUGACAUAGGUGGUGGUAAUAACGACGGCUUGCCGAAACAACCGAUAAGAGUCACGUCGAGCGGUGGUGGUGAAGGGAAGACCAAGGACUUAACCAACACUAUCGAAGACCGAGCGUACAUGGUGUUAUGGUUCAAACACCAUUCGACGACAAUCCGUCACCGGAAUAGUAAAUCGAAAAAUAAAAAGAUAUGGUCAGGAGGAAAACCUUUGUACAGUUUCGAUGUGCGUGGAAGACCGUUAGCUCACGCGCUGAAAUGGUCUUCGGACGAACAGAGCGGAGGAUUUGGGCCCAGGGCGUCGUUUGUGGUGUUUAGUGGCAAUAGUGGCAUUGGACGGGGAAAAUGGUCGAAACAGCAUACUUUGCUGUUGGAAGAUUACAACAGCGGCCUAUACGACAACAGUAGCAGAGCAGCGCUCAAAGUCACCAAUGUAACUGAACAGGACGCCGGGGCUUACAGGUGCCGAGUAGAUUUUCGCGAUUCACCUACGCGGAACUAUCGAAUAAUCCUGCGAGUCAUAGUACCACCCGAUAAAAUGACAAUCGCUUACAACGGAGUAAGAACAGAAAUCGACGAUGGAUUGCAUCACACCAUCGGUCCAGUACCGGAAGGUGGCCGAUUGGUAUUGGAAUGUCGAGUUCAAGGAGGGAAACCAAAGCCACGGGUGCAGUGGUACUCGGCUGAUGGCAAAGUUACCUCAUCGCUCGGUACGGGAACAAUAAUGGAUCUGACGGAAGAAGUAUCUUACGGAAACAAAAACGACAACGAAGAAAUAACUACCAAAAGUCUCGUGAUUCAUCAAUUGAAUCGAAGUCAUGCUAAUAGUACAUACACGUGCCUGGCUGGAAAUGACGACAACACCAUGCAAUCUAAUCUCCGAAUGACAGUGCUGAUAAACAUGUACUUAAAUGUGAAAAGUGUACGCAUUGUUGGCAUACAUCCAAUAGACGAAUCAGAGAACAUGGUUAAUUAUAACGAAGACAGUAAUAAUGAUGGAGUUGUACAAGCAACAAAUCUUAUAUCCGGUAAGUGGUAUACGGGCGAAUGCUGGGCCGAGGGUGCGAGUCCUAAGGCUAUGAUAGAAUGGUCUAUUGACGGAAACGGUACAUUAGCUGACGAAAUACCCUCUUCUCCGACAACGACUCGGAUCACAGUAAUAGAACAAACUGAACAUAGCAGUAGGAUACGAUUUAGGCCUACACCAAGUGACGAUGGUCGAUAUUUACGAUGCCGAGCUUGGAACCCCGAUGUUAAUACCACAAAAGAUAAUAUUAAAAACAAAGCUUUAUUACUUAACGUCCAAUAUCCACCUAUAGUUAAAUUAAGUUUGGGGCACACAUUCGAUCCAAGUAGAAUCAAAACAGGAGACGAUGUGUACUUUGAAUGUAAGGUGUUGGAUGGCAGCGGGAGCAGAGGAAAACAACGUAAUCGCAUUGAAUGGUAUCACAACGGUCACCCAAUCUUGCAAAAUGGCAGUAGCAACGGAAGCGUCAGUAUCGACUCGGAAAUCAAAGUCGUUCUUUUGAGCGCUGGCACUUUGGUCAUAAGGAACGUGGGACGCCGCCAUUCCGGUCGGUACACGUGUCAAUGUAAUAACGAUCUGGGAAUGGGACGGUCACGACCGGUCACCCUCCGCGUCCAAUACGCUCCUGUUUGCGCGGACGACGGAAAUCAACUGCAAUUGGUGGGCGUGGAAGCCAACGAAAAUAACGUGCGCAUCGUGUGCCAGGUAAGAGCCGACCCGGCCGACGACCGUGUACAAUUCGAGUGGCUCGUGUGGCCGGGCGCAGCAUCCGCGGCCACUGGUGAGCUGCACCAACAACAGUCGCCGAGCGUGGUGGCCACCGGCAGCUAUGUCACUACUGCCCUGCCCAACCAACGAAACGACACGGCCGUCGGUGAACUCGUACUUCCGGCUAUGACCGUCGGCGUCCCGGAUGUGGUCCAGUACGUGGAUAGAGCGCCGCACGUCAAGAAACCCAUCGUCCUGGACACGGUCAGCUGUCGGGCCACAAACGCGGUUGGCCGUCAGCAACACCCUUGUUUGUAUCACAUAAUACCGGCAUCACCUCCAGGUCCAUUGACUGGCUGCGCGAUACGAUUACCUAAAGAUCAAGAACGCCACGCCAGUACCGGUAGUAGGCGUCACAAUCGCCAUCAUCAACGACGCUCGUUACCCAUCCAAGACCAAGGGGAAGACAAAGACUUGGCUACAAUUAGCUGUACUUUAGACAAUGACGGUGGAGUUAGACCGUUGACUUACUCAUUAGAGAUUUACGAGAGCAACGAUUUGACCACGACGUCUUACGGAUCGUCCUACGCGACGGCAGACGAGAGCGACGACGACGUUCGACGUAACAAGUACCGCGGCGAAUGGCUCGCGGACAACGUGACGGGCACCGCGGCCAGGUCGGUGUCGGGUGGCGGUUCGAUCGAGUACCGCGUAAACCGCAGGAACCUGAAACUGAGAAACGGGCCGGACGAUAAUCGAAAACAUUUAACCCUGUCGGCGUACGCAGCCAACCGCAUGGGUCGAGGCCCGAACACGUAUUUCGGUAGCGAUAACGUGAUGCUGUUGAAGCACCCGUGGUGGUGGCGCGGCGAGUCAGCUUACGAGAGCAGUACGAGGGCCGACGGUCCGGCCGGCACUUCGUCUACCGAAUGGUGGAUAAUGUUGAGCGGUGGCGGCGACAACGACGAUCGGCAGAGCAACGCGUCGAACGGCCGGAGCAAGAGCACUACAGCGACGAGCAUGAUAGUGUUCAUUUCAGUGGCGGUGCUGUCGGCGAUAGUCUUCGCGGUGGCGUUUCUGUUGUGGAGACGGCGGCAGAGCGACGGCAGAUCGCCGACGACCGUGGAAACCGCGGCGAUAGUGUCCAACGACCGGGCGGCGUGCGGCGACAAGACCGGCGAAAAAUAUUCGCUGCUCUCCCGACGACCGCAGCAGCAACAGCAACAGCGAAUCGUCUACCCGAAUCUGACCGGGUCACACCGGGAUCGGGAUCCCGGCGAGUCCGGAGAAAUAGCGCCCGACAUAAUGAUCCAACAAAACUAUGGCAAACAGUUUUUAGUGUCGAUCGGGAAUCGCGGCAUUCCUGGUCCCGAGAGUUGUGUGUGAACUCCACAUAUUAUGUUCAUAUCAUACUUAUAUAAUAUGAUUAUACCAACUAUACCUUGUUACCUUGUUAACUAUCUGUAUAUACAGACAUACAGUAAUAGCAUAAUAAUAUAUAAUUUUAUUAUUAUUAUCUACGUUGAGUCUAUAGUAUAAUAUUACGCGUAUAUACGCUAUUUAAUAAUAUGUUAUGUCGUAUGUUUACGCUAAACACACAUUAAUCUUUCACCCUGUCCCCAACUCAAGUCCCGGCGUAUUGUACCAUAUUGUUAUAUCGUGGAUCCGAGUUUUUGUGAUAAUCAUCAUUAAUUAAUAAUUAUAAUAGUUAAAUGUUGAAAAAAAACCCACAAUCGUCAUGAGUACCUAUACUAUAAUACAAGGCCGACGAUUUUGCGAUCUUCCUUUUUAAAUUCUGUAAUCAUUUUUCGAGUUUUUUUCAAUAACAAUAAUGUCAGUGUGUUAUUAUUCAAUAAAUCGUAAAGACAUAAAAUCUAGGAAUUAUAUAGAAUCAAUUUUUAUUGCAGUGAAAGUAGAAAUACAAAAAUGAAUAACCAUAGUUAAAACAAAUUGAUUAUAUUAUACCUAUUUAACGUUUCAAGUAAUUUACAACAUUAAUUAAUAAUAACAAUAAUUGUUCAACAAUUAAAAUAAGCUAUAUGCUGUAAAAUAUUCCUGAAAUAAAUAUAAUUACAAUAUUUUCUAUAAUAAAACUAACCAAUUAACGCAUUGAAAUUUCAUACACCAUUGUAUCUAUUCAUAAGUGCAAUUUUAGGAGGUGUUGACCUCCCCCCUUACGCACACACACAUACACACUUAAUAACUCAUGUAGUCCCCCAAAAUCCUUAAACAAAAAAAAAUAUAUAUAAUUUAUUGAGUGCAAAAUGAUGGUGUUUUAAAUAUAAAUUUGUAACGUGGAUUUUUUUUUUAUCAACAUUACUAGAAUCUUACUGCUACCACUUUUGUUAUAAAUCAAACAUAUUGUAGUUACCUUUAUAUUAUUUAUCGUUAAAAAUGUAUAAAAUGAGAUAUCAUACGUUGACAGUUUGAUUUUUGCUAGCACUAUGCCAUUUUUGGUACUCGUUAAUUGUUUGAUAUUGUAAUACGUAUAUUAUUAUGCUGUUGAUGGGUGUGUGGAGUGUGAUGUAAUUUGUAUUAUGUAUGUGGUAUUGUAUGCGAAUACAAAGGUGGAGUAACAACUAAAAAUCUCUCGCCCCUCAAGUUAGAUUCGUUUAGUAAUGGUAUUAUAGCAAUAAAAUACGAAGUAGAAAUCUUGUAUGACUUAAACAAUUAUUAAAAAUAAGCUACAGGGAAAUGUGUGUGUGAUCUCAUCUGGCAUAAAUUUGUUCAAUUCACGAGAAAAUAACUGAAAUUGCAUUCUAUACUUUUCGUAUUAAAAUAACAAUUUAUUAUUAUGGUUACCAAUUUUUCCGCAUGUUCUUUAAACAUUGGAAUUUAGUCAUAUUGUUAUCAUUUUUAUUAUUAUUAUUAUUUUUAAUCAAUAUUGUUAAAACGUAUUAUUUGUUAACGUUAUAGUAAAUAAUUAGCUUUAUUUCAAAUAAAUAUAGGAAUAUUAAAUAAUAUUAUGCAUAAAUAUUGUAUGUGUGUGUGUUGAAAUUUUAAUAUUGAGUGCUCAUCCAUCAGUUAUUUUAUUAAUUUUAUUUAAAUCAUACUUCAAAAAGUGAAAAUUAAUUUUUAUAGAUCAGAUCUAUUCCAUUUUACAUACUUACAUCGACUAUUACCCUUUAUAAUAUGUUUCAAUAAUUCAAUAUAUAGUGUCUAACAAAGUCCAUGUAGUUAAUUAAAAUUAGGUAGUUAACUAAAACAGACAAUUGGUCAAUUUUCAUGCGUUUAAAAUUAAUUAUAAGUAUUUACAAAUAUAAAAAUAUAUGUCAAAAAUAUAAUAUUAUUUUUAGCUAGAAACAUUUUAAAACCAUAAUACUAUAUAAAUGUGUCCCCGACUUUAUACUUAUCAAACCGAUUAUAUUAUGAGUCUAACAUUAAAUACUUUUUAUUAAAUGAAUAUACCUAUCAACUAUAAUAAUAUACAGUCAUGAUAUUAUUACCAACUAUUACUUUAACAUAGGUACAUAGUUAAGACCUUUAAAAUAGGUAUUUAUCUUAAAAAUCUCUUAUAAAAAAUAGCAAAAUUUAGUUGAGUUAAUUUUUUUUUUACUGUAGCCUGUAUAUAUUAUUAAAGUCUAUAAUCAUGAUGAAACACUACUUACACCAUGUUUCAGAAUAACAAUAAUAUACUUUAUGUACAGCUAUAAUAUACCUAUAGGCCAUAAAAUAGGUAUUAUAAAUAUUUUAUAAUCUUGACUUCUUAAUACUUGCAAAAAAUCCUAUUUGUGCGUUAUUCCAAUACACAAGUGCGAAAUAAUUAAUAUACGAUUGCGUUAAAAACAUAAUACUUUGAGUUAUGCCUACAAGUAUAUAGGCUAUAACUACGACUACGAACAGUGACUUAUAUUGUGAAACAUCAUGUUGACUAUUAUUGUAAUUAUUUAUUUAGCCAUACAUUAUAAAUAUUGAUGCGUCAAGUUAAGGUUAUUGUUAUACAAUUAUUAAACUUUAUUACUAUAGAUAACAAAAUUAUUAUGUACACUAAACCUGUAGUUUUAGUAGGAUGUAAAAUGUAUUAAAUCAUAAUAAUUAUUAUUAUUUAUUAAAACAAAAUUAUAAAAAUUUGUUA